AAGGGGGGUCUUUCCAGAGUGGAGAAAGGGAGCGGAGCGGGAACCCCCCUGGUCGGGUCCCCGGGCUUUGUGUGUGCUCCGGAAGUGGUCGGUGUUGUGUACAGAGUGCCCAGACAUUGUAUAUCCCCGGGACUGUGUGCUCCCCUUUCCCGGUCACCGCACCGUACAGCUCCGCUCCUACUGAGCCCGGCCUGGGAUCACAGAUCGCAGUAUCAUCUACACACUGCUUUUAACUUUACCUGCAAAUGGUUGUGAAAUGUUGUUUUUAACAUCCAUGGAUAUGACAAGAACACAUCGCAUUGUGUCACCCAAACACUGAAGAAGAAAUCUUCUGGGGAUUGAUUAUUGGGCUUUAUGGGCUGUUACUAGUACAAGAAGAACAAAGUAGUGCAAUCAUGGAUAAGAAAUCGUUCGAGAUGGUACUGGACGAAGUCCGGAAGGCGGUUAUGACCGAGUAUAAAGUCAAGGCUGUGGAGUCUGUGCAUGGAUAUUUUUCUUGUGAACAGAUAAUUGAGCUGUUGAGAUAUUUCUCAUGGGCAGAGCCUCAGCUGAAGGCAGUAAAGGCAAUGCAACAUAAAAUGGUCGCCAUACCUGCAGCAAAAGUGGUAAACAUAUUGAAUUGUUUCACAUUUAGUAAAGACAGACUGAGUGCCCUGGAGCUGCUGGCUGUAAAUAUUCUAGAUGCUUCAAAUUUUCGGCCAAUUGAAGAUCUUUUUAAAACCAACUUAACAGAGAAAAAACGUUGCAGAAGAGUAUUGGAACAGGCAACGAAGAGUGGCUGCAAAGCUCCAAAUGCUAUGAUUUCCUCCUGUGGGAUGAUCCCUGGAAACCCAUACCCUAAGGGCAGACCUAGUCGCCAUAAUGGAAUAUUCCCCGGAACUCCAGUGAGAAAAGAUGGAGAAGAAACGAAUGAAGGAAAGGGAAUUGCAGCCAGGAUUCUUGGACCAUGUAAACCAUCUCCUUCUACAUAUAAUCCGCACAAGCCAGUACCAUACCCGAUACCACCUUGCCGGCCUCACCCAUGUAUUGCUCCAAAUUACUAUGGGAAGACAAUGGCGGUAAAGAAGGAACAGUCAAACUUAAGUACCUCUGGAGAAGGUCAAAGUUUAUCUGAAGGGGGAGGGGCAACAGCCAAUAGUACGAAUUGUCGGGAUUGGGCUAAGAAAAACGAGGACUACAGUGCAUAUAUCAAUGGUACACAUAUUUCUGCUAUGAAUUCUACCACGUUGAAUACAGUUCCUCCACCCCCUUAUUCUCCUAAUACUGCUUCACAGUCCACUGGUUCUGAAGAAGCAAGAGCUACACCCACUCAAGCUUCAGCAACCCCGCAUCUUUCACCACAUGGAACCAACACAUCGGCUCCUCCAACACCAUCUGCUACACCUGGUGCAACUCCAGCUUCUCCUGCUAAAGCCCUAAACCAUCCCUCCACUCCUACAACACCUACCUUUUCGGGAAUGAGCAUGGCUGCUCCUCCGUCAGCAUUUCCAGGGCAAGCCACAUCCUCCAUGGCAUCUCCUAAACCAUCUACACCAAGUCCAACUGUGAUAAAAAGUGCACAGAUGUCCUCCGGCACUCCCACCUCGGUUAUCAGUGCACCAUCCACACCAAGUCCUGCAGUAUUUCCUUGUCUUCCACCUACUGCUGUUACAACACAGCAGCGCUCCUCCUCUCCAUAUGCUACCCUUGGGGCCAGUGAUCAUUUGCCACCUUUGUCACUUCAGGGCCUUCCAUUUUCUGCCACUACCUCUACAGCCUCUGUAAGCACCGCCAACAUGAUGCCAUCAUUAUUUGCUGGCCUCCCAUUGUCAUUAAAUCCUGCUUUCCAGGGCAUGGCUAGCCCAACACUAACUGAUAUUGCUGGAGCUGCUGGACAGAUGAAUAUAGGCAAUCCAUUGCUAUCAGUCCUAAAAGGAUUUUUAGCCAGUGACCCGGGAUUACUGAAUUCCCCUUCCAUGUCUGCUGCAGGACUUUUGCCAUUGUCAAGCCAAAAUGGUGAUUCUGUUUCCGCUUUAAAUAAAUCAUUCACUCCCCCUUGUUCUACGCCAACACCUCAAAGAACAGCUACUCCAGCUAUGUCUGCAUUUUCAGGGUCGUCUUCUCCUUUAUUAACUAAUCCCAAUACUUCAUCUGCUACCAUGCCAGGACAACCUCUUUUGCACAGCCAGUCUCCACUUAGCAGCAAUCCACAGGGACAGAAUCCACCCUCUUCCAUGUCGGAACACAGCCUUUCAUCUUCCCCUAAUGCAUCCAAUGUGACACCUUUGUCUAAAGCGGAACAAGCUAGUCCAUCACCUUCUGCAUUUAAAGGACCAUCACGUUCGGCCACUCCAUCCCACAACUCCCUAGGAUUACCAGGCAUGCUAGGUCAUGUGUUUCCACCUGGCCCUGGGAACCUGGCCAACUGCAUAAACCCAGCUUUGUCAGGGCUUUCCUCUAUUAACGGUAACCUGGGUGGCCCAACCCUGGCUUCUAUGGGAUUUGGUUCCUCCCCAGGAAUGCCACCUGUAUUUCCACCAUUCACUUCAUUAUCCAAUGGUUUACCAUUUUCAGGUAGUCCAGCUCUUACUCCUACUGUACCCAUGUUAACAUCAACAGCCACAGUUGCUUCUGCAACUCCACCCCUCACUUCUUCUGUUUUUCCUGGCCUUUCUGUGUCUGCAGCUGCUGCUUCAUCUUUUCCGCUCAACCUAUCCAAUGCUCUCCCAUCGCUCUUCUCUGUACCUCAAGCACCCCUUGUGUCAUCAAACCCAUCUUUUCCUGGUUUCCCAGUUUGUAGCACACCACCAGUCAAUCCUGCUCUCCCUUCCUUUCAUGGACUUCAGGCUCAAUCAACUUUAGCAGGAGGCCCACCAGUGCCUCAAACAAUGACUGGCCCAUCUCCAGCUUCUGUUCUACCUGGAUUUGCUUCAGCUUUCAGCUCAAACUUCAACUCUGCUCUCGUGGCACAAGCAGGGCCAUCAGCAUUUCCUCUCCUUUCUCUCGCUGGUCUUCCUGGAUUUCCCCAAAAUCCCUCUCAAUCCCUGCAAGGAUUGCAGCAGACUGCAGCAGCUCAGACAGCAUUGUUGCAGGCACAUUCGGCUUCUCUAGAAGGAUUUGCAGCACAGGCGGAUGCUUUUGGUUUCCCUACUGGACCUGGAACUCCCUUUCCUCUUCAGCCGGGUCUGCCUCAGCGAGGCUGGCAGUAACUUAAAAGCAUUCAACACAAAACAAGUUCUUCCAUUCACUAACACUGAGAAGCAUAGCAUAGGCCGUCAGUAUUUUGAAACCCCUGUUUGCUUGUAGAUUUCCAUUUCUUCCUUCAUGACAGACACAUGCCUGAACAUUGUGUGUUGGAACACUAGAUAUUUAUUAGCAAAUCCUGACCAAAAACCUCACAACCUUUUUAAUACUGAUCUUUUACAAAUGAGGAUAAAUCUAUUUUAAUAGUUUUUUUUUUUUUUUUUUUCAUUUUAUUGAAUGGGUAGUGAUUUUUAUAUAC